UUGGCUGAGACUGUGAGAAACUCCAGCCAGACCAAGACCCACACAUUCAUAUGGAGAUGUGGGACUAUAAAUAGGAGGGAUGAAGCCAGCAGAGAUCAGAUUCUCUCUACAGAGACCUCUACAGCACAGAGAUCCAGACAUGGCACCUACAAUCACUGCAGCAAUGACCAAUUCUCAGGAGCAUCUGACUCUGACCCACAAACUCAGAAAGCCUCUGGUGGAGAAGUUACGCAGAGAGCGAAUCAACAGCAGCAUUGAGCAGCUCAAGUCUCUCCUGAGUCCAGAGUUCCUCAAACAGCAGCCAGACUCCAAGCUGGAGAAAGCAGACAUCCUGGAGAUGACAGUUUGUGUCCUGAGACGGCUGCAGCAGCAGAAUCAACAUGUGGACUCAGCAGCUGUCGGUCAGGGCUAUUCCAGAUGUGUCCAAGAGGUCACACACUUCCUGUCCAAAGAACCGGUGAAGACCCAGUCCCAGAGAAGACUGCUGAACCACAUCAACAAGCUGCAGUCUUCCUCUGAUAACAACCUGAGAGAGGCUGACUUCUCUCUUCUGAGCUCCACAGUCCAGACCAGCAUCACCAAAGAGAAGAGUCCAGUCAACAGCGCCGUCUGGAGGCCGUGGUAGACACCUACAGACUGGAGUUACAACCAGACAAACUGAGAUGACCAUAUUGGUCAAAGAUUACUGGACUCAAGUCUUUGAAAUGUUAUGGACUUGUUCUUCUGAUUGUACAGAAGGUUGUAGUUUGUGUUAGUUUUCUUUCUGUAAGAUGACAUUUCCUGAGGAAAUGACAUCACCAAUAUCUUUCAACUUAAGAAAGAGAAGAUCUGGUCAUGCAUGUUGCAUGAAGCAAAUCUGAUUGCAUCAGCAAUUAUUAUUAUUAUACUUCACUGUACUUCAUGUAUUGGUGCUAUAAGCUAUGGUAAAAUCUGUUAUCUUUUGAUUGUUAUUGAUCAUUUUGAUCAGAUACUUGAACUGUCCUUUUUAUGGACAUAUUGUCACCAUGGACUUACCUCACUUUAAUCUCUCCGAUUACUCAAAACUGAUCUGUUGUUAGAUCCAAAUGUUCCAAAUUUUUUCUAAAAGGUUUGCUUAAUGUCACAAUUCACAUGUGAUACUUUUAGGACUCCCUCCAUGUCAUGUGUUGGCAGAUGGAGAUGUUUAUUACCUCUUGAUAAGUAUUGAUGAUUUUGAAUUGAUCAAAAUAUUAUUUGUCCUUGUUAUGGACAUUUAAUCAUAAUGGGCUUUCCCUCACUUUGUGAGUAUUUAAAAAUGAUCUGUUUUAAGAUCACAAUGUUUAUCCUUUUACUGUAAAAGGUUUCUUUAAUGUCACCCUGUCACAGUUUUCCAGUGACAAUGUUAUUGUUUAAGAUGUAAUUGAAUUCAGAGGUUACUAAGAACAAUGUGACCUGUUGUAAGGUCAGAUUUUACUAAUGUUGUCUUUUGAAAAAAAAAGAAAAACUGAGAACUGUGUCCUCAAAUAUUGUAAAUCGUUGUCUUUUAUAAAGACAGUUGUUCCUUUACUCUGUCAGAGUACAGUGGGUCUUGUAGAAAUCUACAAGUUGUUGUUGUGAUGUAUCAUCACCUCUAGGUG